AUGAUGCUGACAAUGGAUCAAGCAUGUCCAGACGAUCUCCCAUCAAUGAUGUCAACAAUGCAAUCAUUAGCGACGCAAGUUUCCAACGAAAAAGUUUUGAACGCUUUGAACGUCCUUGAAAUCCGAUUCAAAUCUCUUCGAAAUACUCUGGUCUUGGAUCCUAUUUUCUGCCUCAGAGAUGAAUGUUGUGCUAUUUCGAGCAACGAGGAAAUUGAGGUAAAACAAUUUGAUCCGAGUGAAAAGUUCUUUCCGCUGUGCUACUCUUACACUGCUCAAUAA